CGAGGCUGGGAGCCCAGCAAGAGGAGGCACCAUGCUCUUGGCUAGAGAUUUACUCCAUCCGUCCUUGGAAGACGUAAAGAAAAAGCAUAAAAAGAAACGGCUAGUUCAAAGUCCAAAUUCUUAUUUUAUGGAUGUAAAAUGUCCAGGUUGCUACAAGAUUACCACGCUUUUCAGCCAUGCUCAGACAGUGGUUCUUUGUGUAGGCUGUUCCACAGUGCUGUGCCAACCUACAGGAGGGAAAGCCAGGCUUACAGAAGGUUGUUCCUUUAGAAGAAAACAACACUAAUGAUCUAUACAACUUUCU